ACUUGUACGAUGACUUCGACUGGGUACAUGUCAGUGCUCAAGAGCCUCACUAUUUGCCGCCUGAGAUGCCUCAAGGAUCAUAUAUGAUAGUGAUUUCCUCAGACCACGACCCUGGAGAAAAGACUCGACUCCAGCUUCCAACAAUGAAGGAAAACGAUACUCACUGCAUCGACUUCAGCUACCUUCUGUACAGCAAGAAUGGAGCAAACCCGGGCACUUUGAACAUCUUGGUUAGGGUGAACAAAGGGCCGCUGGCUAAUCCCAUCUGGAACGUCACCAGCUCCACUGGCAAAGACUGGCUUCGAGCGGAGUUGGCUGUCAGCACUUUCUGGCCCAAUGAGUAUCAGGUAAUAUUUGAAGCUGAAGUCUCAGAUGGGAGAAAUGGCUACAUUGCCAUUGAUGACAUCCAGGUUCUGAGUUACCCUUGUGAUAAAUCUCCACAUUUCUUGAGGCUGGGGGAUGUAGAGGUCAAUGCAGGGCAGAAUGCUACAUUUCAAUGCAUUGCUACGGGGAGAGAUGCAGUGAAUAACAAGUUAUGGCUCCAGAGAAGAAAUGGGGAAGAUAUUCCGGUUGCUCAGACUAAAAAUAUCAAUCACAGAAGAUUUGCUGCUACCUUUAAGUUGCAAGAGGUGACAAAAACUGACCAGGAUUUAUACCGCUGUGUGACUCAGUCAGAGAGAGGUUCGGGAGUGUCAAAUUUUGCUCAACUUAUUGUUCGAGAGCCGCCUCGGCCAAUAGCACCCCCGCAGCUACUGGGCGUUGGGCCCACGUACUUGCUCAUUCAGCUGAAUGCCAACUCAAUCAUUGGGGACGGACCCAUUAUCCUGAAAGAAGUGGAGUACCGAAUGACGUCUGGGACCUGGACCGAAACCCAUGCCGUCAAUGCACCAACUUACAAGCUCUGGCACUUGGACCCCGACACCGAAUAUGAGAUUCGGGUGCUGCUCACCAGACCGGGCGAAGGUGGGACUGGACAGCCAGGACCACCGCUCAUCACCAGGACCAAAUGUGCAGAACCUAUGAGAACACCAAAAACAUUGAAGAUUGCCGAGAUCCAGGCCAGACACAUCGCUGUGGAUUGGGAAUCUCUGGGCUACAACAUCACUCGUUGCCACACAUUCAAUGUCACUAUAUGCUACCACUACUUCUGCGGACACAACGAGAGCAAGGCAGACUGCUUGGACAUGGACCCCAAAGCACCCCAGCACGUUGUGGAUCACCUAACGAAUGUCAGCCUCAAAAUGAUCUUAACCAACCCAGAAGGGAGGAAGGAGAGCGAGGAGACCAUUAUCCAGACAGACGAAGAUGUGCCAGGCCCUAUACCUGCCAAGUCGGUGAAAGGAACUCCUUUUGAAGAUAAGAUCUUCCUCAACUGGAAGGAACCUGUGGAUCCAAAUGGCAUCAUUACUCAGUAUGAGGUCAGCUAUAGCAGUAUACGGUCGUUUGAUCCUGCAGUUCCAGUCGCAGGACCUCCGCAAACCGUGUCAAAGCUGUGGAACAGCACACACCACGUCUUCUCACACUUGCAUCCCGGUACUACUUACCAGUUCUUUAUACGUGCAAGCACCGUGAAAGGGUUUGGACCGGCAACCACAAUCAAUGUAACAACCAACAUCUCAGCUCCCACUUUACCGGACUAUGAAGGAGUCGAUGCAUCUCUCAAUGAAACUGCUACUACAAUAACUGUACUCUUGAGACCGGCACAAGCCAAAGGUGCACCUAUCAGUGCCUACCAGAUCGUUGUUGAGGAGCUGCACCCGCACCGAACGAAGCGAGAAACGGGUGCCAUGGAGUGCUACCAAAUCCCCGUCACCUAUCAGACGGCUCUUAGUGGAGGCUCGCCGUAUUACUUUGCUGCUGAGCUGCCCCCAGGAAACCUGCCGGAGCCAGCCCCCUUUACCGUGGGUGACAACAGGACUUACCAGGGUUUCUGGAACCCGCCGCUGGCUCCUCGGAAAGGCUACAACAUCUAUUUCCAGGCCAUGAGUAGCGUUGAGAAGGAAACCAAAACUCAGUGUGUUCGAAUAGCUACAAAAGCAGCAGCAACAGAAGAACCCGAGGUGAUUCCAGAUCCGGCUAAACAAACAGAUCGAGUGGUGAAAAUAGCAGGAAUAAGUGCUGGCAUUCUGGUAUUCAUCCUGCUUCUCCUUGUUGUCAUAUUGAUCGUCAAAAAAAGCAAACUUGCGAAGAAGCGCAAGGAUGCCAUGGGGACCACCCGCCAGGAGAUGACACACAUGGUGAAUGCGAUGGAUAGGAGUUACGCUGACCAGAGCACCCUGCAUGCAGAGGAUCCCCUUUCAAUCACAUUUAUGGACUCUCAUAACUUCAGCCCCAGAUUGCCCAAUGAUCCACUUGUGCCGACAGCUGUGUUAGAUGAAAAUCACAGUGCGACAGCAGAGUCCAGCCGGCUCCUGGAUGUCCCUCGUUACCUCUGCGAAGGCACAGAAUCCCCGUACCAGACCGGGCAGCUGCACCCUGCCAUCAGGGUGGCUGAUCUGCUGCAGCAUAUUAACCUAAUGAAGACCUCUGACAGCUAUGGAUUUAAAGAGGAGUAUGAGCUGUCUCUACUGUAACAUAAGAAUUGGAAUAAAUAAAUGUG